CGCGCUCGCGGGCGCGCCGGCCGACGACAUGACGCGCAUCCUGCCCAGCCGCUUCGACAUGAACGUGUGUUCUCGGUUUGUGAAGUCCCUGAACGAAGAAGACAGCAAAAAUAUCCAGGAUCAGGUUAACUCGGACCUGGAGGUGGCGUCCGUCCUGUUUAAAGCUGAGUGCAGCAUCCACACAUCCCCUUCUCCGGGAGUCCAAGCGCGGCCUGUCUACACCCCCUCCACGGCAAAGCACUUCUCCCCCAUAAAGCAGUCGACCACUCUGACCAACAAACACAGAGGGAAUGAGGUCUCAACCACACCGCUCUUAGCAAACUCUUUGUCUGUUCACCAGCUGGCUGCCCAGGGAGAGAUGCUUUACCUGGCCACUCGUAUUGAGCAAGAAAAUGUUAUCAAUCACACGGACGAAGAAGGACUUACCCCUGUGAUGUGGGCGGCGGCACACGGGCAGAUAGCUGUGGUAGAGUUUCUGCUCCAGAAUGGUGCAGACCCCCAGCUUCUCGGGAAAGGCCGGGAGAGCGCGCUGUCGCUGGCCUGCAGCAAGGGCUAUGCGGACAUCGUGAAGAUGCUGCUGGACUGCGGCGUGGACGUCAACGAGUACGACUGGAACGGAGGGACGCCCCUGCUGUACGCCGUGCACGGCAACCACGUCCAGUGUGUGCAGAUGCUGCUGGAGAGGGGGGCUGACCCAACGAUUGAAACCGACUCUGGAUAUAAUUCCAUGGACCUGGCUGUUGCCCUCGGCUAUAGAAGUGCAGGUCAUCGAAUCGCAUCUGCUGAAGCUGCUUCAGAACAUCAAGGAAUAGCCGUCACCGGGACGCGUGUCCCCCACUUGCCACCUCUUGGACGGGCGCUCCCGUCGCUGACCGACUCCGGCCUCGGCUACAGUAUUUACUGGCUCCUAGUGACUUGUGAUAUUCCUGCGAGUAACUCACCGGCCCCUAGUAAAGUUAAAAUGAUGUUUUAUGAGUAUGUUGUGCUGCAUAUUUUAAAUGACGGUUCCUGUUUCACGGCACGUCCACUUUACGGUACAGACGGCUGUCUUGGUGUCAGUGCUGUGACUGAACACUUAGAGAAAUCAUUCUGCCUGUUCAUCCUGACUCUUGCAGUCACCCCGUGGCUUCAGAGGGUUUGCUGUGCUGCAGAUCCACAAAGGAAAAUUCCUUAUUGCUGAAUUGAAAUUGCACAGUGUGAUUGCUUACAAGUGAUGUUUGAAUAAAGUCCUUGUUCUGCUAGUCUGCGGACGAGGUUAUCUGACGGUAUAAA